UUGUCACUCAACGGCCCAAGAUGUGCAAGGCUGCUGCUCUGCUUGUGCUGUGCCUGUUUUGCCAGCUAAUACUUGUGCCCGCGACGCCUGCGCCCAUAUGGAGUCUCGACCAGGUGGGCUCUUACUUUAAUGGCAUCUUUCGCUCUAUUGUUGGACCGCUUUUUGGGUUUGGCAACGACGAUGACCGCAAUACAACACCCAGCAAUUAGUUUAUAUGCAGCUUACCGCACC